AUGGACAACGCCACCGACACUGCCAGGAGCAACGGUGCCAGCCCAGAAGCCCGGGAAGCCCGCAGCCCACCUGGGCCUAGCAGUAGCCCAGACAUCGUCGGGGCCAAAAGUGACAAAGAUGCCAAGAGCCACAACGGGCAUAACGGGGAGGCCACAGCUGAGGGCAAGAGUCAGGGCGGUGGCCCCAAGACUGGGGAGGGCAGGAGCGCCUUAUUUUCUGGCAAUGAGUGGCGGCGGCCAGUCGUGCAAUUCGUGGACUCAGUGGAUGACAAGGCUUCUUCAAGCUACUUCAGCAUGGACUCCGGGGAAGGCCGGCGCUCACCCUAUGCAGGCCUACAGCUGGGUGCUGCCAAGAAACCGGCCGUGACCUUUGCAGAUAAGGGGGAGCUUCGCAAGAGCCUCUUCUCCGAGCCCCGAAAGCCCUCGGUGACCAUCGUGGAGCCGGGUGAGGCCCGACGCCACAGCUUCCCCCGGCAGGACACUGGACCCAGCCUGCGUGCCAAGGCCACCGAGGAGGUGCUAUGCGACUCCUGCAUCGGCAACAAGCAGAAGGCCGUCAAGUCAUGCCUGGUGUGCCAGGCCUCCUUCUGUGAGCUGCAUCUCAAGCCCCACCUGGAGGGUGCCGCCUUUCGAGACCACCAGCUGCUGGAGCCCAUCCGGGAUUUUGAGGCCCGCAAGUGCCCGCUGCACGGCAAGACCAUGGAGCUCUUCUGCCAGACGGACCAGACGUGCAUCUGCUACCUGUGCAUGUUCCAGGAACACAAGAACCACAGCACCAUAACCGUGGAGGAAGCCAAGGCCGAGAAGGAGACGGAGCUCUCCCUGCAGAAGGAACAGCUGCAGCUCAAGAUCACAGAGAUAGAGGACGAGGCUGAGAAAUGGCAGAAGGAGAAGGACCGCAUCAAGAGCUUCACCACCAACGAGAAGGCCAUCCUCGAGCAGAACUUCAGGGACCUGGUGCGUGACCUGGAGAAGCAGAAGGAGGAGGUGCGGGCGGCGCUGGAGCAGCGCGAGCAGGAUGCGGUGGACCAGGUGAAGGUGAUCGUGGAUGCGUUGGACGAGCGGGCCAAGGUCCUGCACGACGACAAGCAGACGCGGGAGCAGCUGCACAGUAUCAGCGACUCGGUGCUCUUUCUGCAGGAAUUUGGGGCCCUGAUGAGUAACUACUCACUGCCACCACCCCUGCCCACCUACCACGUCCUGCUGGAGGGUGAGGGCCUGGGUCAGGCUCUGGGCAUCUUCAAGGACGACUUGCUGAACGUAUGCAUGCGGCACGUAGAGAAGAUGAGCAAGGCUGACCUGAGCCGCAGCUUCAUCGAGAGGAGCCACAUGGAGAAUGGGAGUGACCACCGCUACAUGAACAACUACAUGAACAACAGCUACAACAGCGAGUGGGGCGCGCCUGACACCAUGAAGAGGUACUCAAUGUACCUGACACCGAAAGCAGGGGUCCGGACAUCCUACCAGCCGGGAUCCUCCAGCCGCAUCACCAAGGAAACUAACCAGAAGAACUUCAAUAACCUCUAUGGCACCAAAGGGAACUACACAUCGAGAGUGUGGGAGUUCUCCUCCACCAUCCAGAGUGGCGACGACUCGCCCCCUGUCCAGGGAAACUCCUCCUUCUCCCUAAAAGGGUACCCCUCCCUCCUCCGGAGCCAGAGCCCCAAGGCCCAGCCCCAGACCUGGAAAUCUGGCAAGCACACCAUGUUGUCUCACUACCGGCCCUUCUACGUGAACAAAGGCAACGGCAUUGGCUCCAACGAGGCACCCUGA